GCUCGGGCUGUUGCUGGCGGCCGCGGGGCCCGGCGCGGCGCGGGCCAAGGAGACGGCGUUCGUGGAGGUGGUGCUGUUCGAGUCGAGCCCGAGCGGCGACUACACCACCUACACCACCGGCCUCACGGGCCGCUUCUCGCGGGCCGGAGCCACGCUCAGCGCGGAGGGCGAGAUUGUGCAGAUGCACCCACUGGGCCUGUGUAAUAACAAUGACGAAGAGGACUUGUAUGAAUAUGGCUGGGUAGGAGUGGUGAAGCUGGAGCAGCCAGAACUGGACCCAAAACCAUGCCUCACUGUCCUCGGCAAGGCCAAACGAGCCGUGCAGCGGGGAGCCACUGCAGUCAUCUUCGAUGUGUCUGAAAACCCAGAAGCUAUCGACCAGCUAAACCAGGGGUCAGAAGACCCACUCAAGAGGCCAGUGGUGUAUGUGAAGGGCGCAGACGCCAUCAAGCUGAUGAACAUUGUCAACAAGCAGAAAGUGGCUCGAGCAAGGAUCCAGCACCGCCCUCCUCGACAACCCACGGAAUACUUUGAUAUGGGGAUCUUCCUGGCCUUCUUCGUCGUGGUCUCCUUGGUCUGCCUCAUCCUCCUUGUCAAAAUCAAGCUGAAGCAGCGACGCAGUCAGAAUUCCAUGAACAGACUGGCCGUGCAGGCCCUGGAGAAGAUGGAAACCAGGAAGUUCAACUCCAAGAGCAAGGGGCGCCGGGAGGGGAGCUGCGGGGCCCUGGACACGCUCAGCAGCAGCUCCACAUCCGACUGUGCCAUCUGCCUGGAGAAGUACAUCGAUGGAGAGGAGCUGCGGGUCAUCCCCUGUACUCACCGCUUUCACAGGAAGUGCGUGGACCCGUGGCUGCUGCAGCACCACACCUGCCCCCACUGUCGACACAACAUCAUAGAACAAAAGGGAAACCCGAGCGCUGUGUGCUUGGAGACCGGCAGCCUGGCGCGCAGCCGGCAGCAGAGGGUGAUCUUGCCGGUGCACUACCCCGGCCGCGUACACAGGGCCAGCGCCAUCCCCGCCUACCCCACGAGGACGAGCAUGGACGCCCACGGGAACCCUGUCACGCUGCUAACUGUGGACCGGCGCGGAGAGCAGGGCCUCUUCCCGCCGCAGACCCCCACCUACAUCCGCGGCUACCCGCCCCUCCAUCUGGACCACAGCCUGGCCCCUCACAGCUGCGGCCUGGAGCACCGGCCCUACUCGCCGCCCCCCCACUUCCGCAGGCCCAAGUUCGGCGGCCGCAGCUUCUCCAAGGCAGCUUGCUUCUCCCAGUACGAGACCAUGUACCAGCACUACUACUUCCGGGGCCUCAGCUACCCCGAGCAGGAGGGGCAGCCCCCUCCCAGCCUCGCCCCCGGGGGCCCAGCUCGGGCCUUCCCCCUGGGCGGCGGCGGCAGCGGCAGCGGCAGCGGCAGCGGCCUGCUCUUUGCCCCUGCAGUGCACGCGGCCCCAGCCUCGCACCUGGAGAGCGGCAGUGCGUCCAGCUUCAGCUGCUACCACGGCCACCGCUCGGUGUGCAGCGGCUACCUGGCCGACGGCCCGGGAAGCGACAGCAGCAGCAGCAGUGGCAGCUCAGGCCAGUGCCGCUGCUCCUCCAGCGACUCAGUGGUGGACUGCACGGAGGUCAGCAACCAGGGCGUGUACGGGAGCUGCUCCACCUUCCGCAGCUCUCUCAGCAGCGACUAUGACCCCUUCGUCUACCGCAGCCGCAGCCCCUGUCGCGCCGGAGACGUGGGGGGCUCAGGCCGGGGGCCCGUGGUGCGCCUCGAGGGCUCCCCGCCCCCCGAGGAGCUCCUGUCUGCGGCCCGAGGCCCAGGUGCGGGGCGGGGAGAGCCCUGGCCCGGGCCCGCCUCUCCCUCAGGGGACCAGCUGUCCACCUGCAGCCUGGAGAUGAACUACAGUAGUAGCUCCUCCCUGGAGCCCCGGGGGCCCAACAGCUCUACCUCAGAAGGGGGGCUCGAGGCCUCUCCCGGGGCCGCCCCGGACCUCAGGAGGACCUGGAAGGGGGCCCGGGAGGGGCCGACGUGUGCCUGCUGCUGUGAGCCCCAGACCCCAGCCCCAGACCCCGGAGCGGGAGCGGCCGGGGGCGGCAUCUUGUUCCUGGGCCCCCCGCCUUGUGAGGGCUGCGGCCCCCAGGGUGGGGAGUCACAGCCGGGGAGCUCCCAGGGCCCCUAUGGCCUUCACCCGGACCAUUUGCCCAGGACAGAUGGGGUGAAGUACGAGGGCCUGCCCUGCUGCUUCUAUGAAGAGAAGCAGGUGGCCCAUGGCGGGGGCGGGGGCGGGGGUGCCGGCCGCUACACCGAGGACUGCUCGGUACGUGUGCAGUACACGCUGGCCCAGGAGCUCCCGCCCAGCUGCCACCCCGGGGCCCGGGACCUGAGCCAGCGCAUCCCCAUCAUUCCGGAGGAUGUGGACUGUGACUUGGGCUUGCCCUCCGAAUGCCAAGGGACCCGGGGCCUCAGCCCCUGGGGUGGGACGCUGCCAGGUCCGAAUGCCCUGUGGCCCUACAGGGGUCUGGGAGCAGCCCAGCAAGAAGAACGGGUUCCGUGCUGCCUGGCCAGGGCACCUCUGUCACCUCCCUGCCCUCCAGAGGAUGUGGGGGGCCCUGGGGCCAGCCACCCAAGUGCCCCCCAGGACACUCAGGGCUCCAGCGCCACAGCCGCCGAGGCUGCAGGACCGAGAUCUCGCCCGGCCGACAGUGGCGGCCCUGGAGCCUGAGCUCAGAAGGAACUCUUCCGUGGAAAUGGGAACUGUACGGAGACUCCAAACUCUGACUUCCUACAGAAAAAAAAAGAAAAAAAAGAUUUUUUUAGCUUUGA